UUGAAGCUUGCAAAUUUGAAGAUGAUGGUUCCUCAUACUCAUAAUUCAUUUCACCAUUGUUGUCAGAUUAUACUUGCUCUUGUGCUUUUUAGUUUGCAGAUAUUAACUCACAUCGAGGCUUAUGGCUCAAAGGUUGAAGUGCUUCCUGGUUUUGAAGGGCCUCUUCCUUUUGAACUUGAAACAGGGUAUGUGGGAUUGGGGGAAACAGAUGAUGACAUGCAAGUGUUCUAUUAUUUUAUCAAAUCAGAGAAUAAUCCUAAGAAAGACCCUCUUAUGCUUUGGUUAACCGGUGGUCCUGGUUGUUCUUCUUUUUCUGGCCUUGUCCAUGAAAUAGAUCCAAUUGAAUUCGAAAACAAGGAGUACGACGGGAGUGUGCCUAGUUUGGUCUCGAGGCGACAGUCAUGGACAAAGCUAUGCAGCAUUAUUUUUGUAGAUUUGCCAUUUGGAACCGGUUUUUCAUAUGCUAAAAAUCUGACUGCUCACCGAAGUGACUGGAAAUUAGUUCACCAUGCUCAUCAAUUUCUUAGGAAGUGGCUGAUUGAUCACACUGAAUUUCUUUCAAAUGAAUUCUACAUUGGAGGCGAUUCAUACUCUGGCAUUCCUGUCCCGGCCAUUCUUCAAGAAAUUUCAAAUGGAAAUGAAGAAGGUCUCCAACCAUAGAUAAAUCUCCAGG